AUCAGUAGAGAGAUUUAAUUAAAGUUCUCUGCGGUGGGCAGUAAGGUCGUUGGAAGUAUACUCAUGUUAGCAAAAAGAGAAUGUUCCGUCUAAACUUGUAUCGUGGGAUAUAAAAAGGAUGGAGGAUGAUAUCGACAUUUACGAAGAUUUGCCAAGUUUUGAAACGAAACCUAAUGAAAAUUCCGUAGGAAAUAACGAGAAAGAUAUUCCACCCGAACAGAUUGAAUUAAAGAAACAGAUCGCAGAGCUCACAAUAAAGUUGGAAAAUUUUCAGAAACUUAAUGAAAAUUUGGAACUCAAUUUACUUUCCUUAUUGAAAACUGCGAAAGGAGAAAUUGCACGAAAAGACAUGGUGAUAAAUGAUCUAAGAAAAAAGUUGGACGAUGUAACAUUUAAGAGAGGGGUACAUUCCAGAGUUAACGAAAGUGUCGUUCGUAAUUCUACUGUACGAAAUUACAAACCAACUGGUUUUUGCCUUCCUCCCCAGGAAACCAAGUUUGAAACAUUGGUCACAGAUUUACAAUGCAACCAGAUCAAAGAACAGCAAAAGAAGUCUACUUUGACUCCUAUUACAGUAUUUGGCGAACGAUUGCGAAAAAGGAUUAUAGACGAGCAAAAUCUGGAAAAGAAAGAAAAACUGAAUAGUAAUACUAAUAGUAAUAAUAAUGAUAGCAGCAGUGUUGAAGCAAGGACAGAAAAAUAUAUAGGUGAAAGCGAUAAAGAAAAUGGUUCCUUUACUAGUACUAAUCUCUCCAAAAUCCAAAAUGUUCAGCCUUCUACGGUCGUACAAUUGACAGAACAAGAAUGUACAAAGAGCCCUUUAACAACACCAAAAAUUACAGCAACAGAUUCUGAACUGGACGAUAAAAAUAAGAUAGAUAUUAAGAUAGAACAAAUGCCAGUAACAAGUGCAAAAUUUACAAGAAAAAGAACAGUUGAAGAAACGAACGAACACCUUCCCGUGAAACGAAUAAAACUUGAGGAGAAAAAGUGUUUGACGGAAUCAACAAAAAAAGAAAACGUAUCGAAAUGUACGACAAUCGAGUUGUUCAGUAAUAUUAAUGAAAAACGAAACGAAAGCCCAAAGAGUUCGGAUACAGGAUACACUUUUGAUCCGACUACAAAAGUUAAAAAAUGUGAACCUUUUGUCACGGACGACUCGAAUAAAAAGGAGAGCAGGAAGGUAUCAAGAAAGAACAACGACGCGUCAUGUAACGAUAGAAUUAUGGACAAACGCUUUUCGAAACGUCAAAUGCAGUCCACUGAAAAUUACACGUUUCGACCGGACGAGAGAAACACGGAUGAUCGGUGUCUGGAGACUUUUAAGAGGGACACUCAUCGAAAUGUCGUAGAACAUCGCCGUACCAGACAAAGAGAAGAUCGUUACGCGACUACCAUUAUUGAUCACCGAUCAUUUUAUGUCAAAGAAGCGACACCGUACGCCAAAAGUCCAGAAGGAAGGUACGGCCGUGGUCAGCGUGUCAAGCACUCCAAUUAUGGAGACAGAUUUGAAAAACAUUACGAUUACCGAGGUCCCGGUGCAGAAAAAUUGAAAUCUGUUAACAAGGAAUUGUGCGGUACACGGGAUAUUAAGAAACGUACGAAUGUCGAACGAAACUCGAUUGACCGAAAAACAAACAACUUGAAAAAGAAUAAUCAUUACGAAGAAUACGGCGGUCGAAGAUUGAGAAGCACCGAUAGAAUAGCUAAAUUGGAACGAGAAAAGCAAAACGUGUACAACGAGUUACAGAGGAUCAAUAUAGAAAGACCUAGAGAACGUACAAAAGAAAUUUUGAAACGGAACAGCAAAAAGGACAAUUAUUCCGUAAUUGUGCAAAUUGAACGAAUUGACGAGGAAAACAAGGAGCUUAAAUACUCCAAAGAAUCGGAGAAGCGCGCGAAGGAAUCAAAGAAGUCGGUAACUUGUCUGGAAGAGGGUGAGUUAGCGGAUAGUCCGGAGAAAAGGGAUAAACGAAAGAAAUUGAAAGACGAAGGAAACGAGGAAGAUAAUAGAAAAUUAUCCGAUGUUUCUUCUUCGAUUAAUAAAGACGUAAAGAACGAAUUGGUUGAGGAACCGAAAAUUUCUAUUGAUAAUGUUUUAGAAUGUCCUUUGAUGAAACAAGAGCACACGGUAUCAAAUCUAGAAGUUAACGAAGGCGUGGAAAAUGUUGAAAACAUUGAGAAGUUUAUUCGUGAACUCGCUUCCAAUGAUCCAGAUUCUAAGAAAACGUGUGAAACUAUGUUGGAAACAGUAUGUUCAACCCUAGACGAGAAAAUGUUGAUAUCAGAAAGAGAUAUCGAAGAAAAGUCUAUAAUGAACGAAAAGAAACAACUGUCCAAAUCGGAGAAUACAUGUUCCAGUAUUUCUGAAGGCGAGGAGUUUUUCGCAAACGUUGAUGAUGCGAAGGCGCAAGCAAGAGAGUCGAAAGACGAGGUUCCUGUAAAUUCCGGGCUGACUGUAAAUUCCAUGGACACCUGUUUAUUUAACAAAACGACGGAAGUAUCGGGAGAUCAAUCUAAAGUAAAUUGUCAGAUUGAGACUGUCGCAAAGGAGGAUCUUCUUUCUGUUCUUGGCAGCAAGUCGCCGUGCACUCCUUCCACCAGUUCAUUAGAAUCGUCCAAGAAAACUGUCGUUAACGAUGAUAAAAUUACUAUCAUGCCUGAUGACAAUAAAGACGAUAUUCGAAACAGUCACCUCCCCGAUCAUCGCAAUAAUGACAAUAAUGAACAGAAAAUUAAUCAAAACCAACUGGCGACUGUUGAAAAUAAAGAAAAGGAACAUUCUUUAAAUGCAACCGUUGCAACAAAAGUGGAGCAAACGAAGAAAGAACGCGGAGCAGAAGGAAAGAAGAAUGAAUCGAACGAAUUGUCGAAAAAGUCGUCGAUUCGAAAAAGAGACGAUGCGAAAGCGAAACGUGCUUCGUUGAACGUUCAAGGAAGAAUAGUUGUAUUCGUUCGUCGCAAGAAACCUGUGUGUUUAGCGGAUAACAAUGCCAAUAUGACUAUUCUCAUAAACGAUAAGAAACAGGAUACUAACGAGACUAAUUCAUCCAACCGUAUUACUGCAGGCAGCACGACGCUACAAUGUAAUUCGCCUUUGAAAAAGCCGCGAAUAAGCGAGCGUGAGGCGAGAAAAAUUAGUUGAUUCUUUCAUUAAUUCGCUGUACAUAUAUGGGAGUAAUCUAUUCUAAAAUCUUGGGAGAACCUAGAGAAAUCCUAAGAAGAGCUUACUAUAACCAACUGUACUGUACAUAAACAAGAAUUGUGCAUUUGGAUCUCUUUCCUUCCUUUUAUAAAUAAACAAUCGCACAAAUUAAAUGGCAAACAAGAACAGCAUUUAAUUUGAUAUCGUUUCAUUUGACAUCGUUGUCACGUUGUUGCUGCUGCUGCUGCUGCUUUUUGUAGAAAAUUAUACAAAAAGCAAGAUUCCUAUGAAUUUAUGUAAAUAGCGUGUGUAUGUGUAUAUAGAUAAAUAUAUAAUAAUGAGAGUACAGUACGUGUACAUAAAAUGUAUCUUUGUCAAAUUAACAUAUCAUUAAGUUGUUGUUAUCUUUUCAAUCUUACGGCGUCGAAAAUUGUUAAUUAUUCCCGAGUGUUAAUUUUCAGAAAGAAUGAAAUUUUUUGAUCCGAA